AUGUGUUGGGACGCAGACGUGCACCCGCUGGACCUGGCGGAGCUGCCGGAGAUGGCGGAGGUGCCGGCGUGGCGCGAGCUGUGGUACGGCUCGCUGGACGCGCUGCGCCUGCUGCGCGAGCCCAGCAUCAACAACACGCAGGAGGACGUGCUGGCGCAGCUCGGCGCCGUGGCCUUCCUGCACUGCCCCGUGCGCAACCUCGGCGAGCGGGGGGUGUCGUGGGUGCGGAGGCGGGACUGGCACAUCAUCAGCUCGGGCGUGCUCAUGUACACCAACGACGAGCGCUUCCAGGUGCUGCACAGCGAGGGCUCCGACGACUGGAUCCUGCAGAUCAAGUACGUGCAGAAGCGCGACAACGGCACCUAUGAAUGUCAGGUGUCCACGGCGUCGGGCACGCUGUCGCGCCUCGUGCACUUGCACAUCGCCGUGCCCGAGGCCUUCAUCCUGGGCGCCGACGAGCACCACGUGGACGCCGGCUCCACCAUCAACCUCGUCUGCAUCAUCGAAAAGAGCCCGGUGCCGCCGCAGUACGUGUUCUGGUACCACAACUCGCGCAUGAUCAACUACGACGCGGCGCGCGGCGUGACCGUGGUGACGGAGCCGGGGCCCAAGACGCAGUCCACGCUGGCCAUCCGCGCCGCCGCGCCGCGCCACUCCGGGAACUACACCUGCUGCGCCGCCAACACCGAGCCCGCGCACAUCUACGUCUACGUCUCCGAGGGCAGUGACAAAAUGGCAGCCACGCUGAGCCGCAACACGAGCGGGGAGCGGGCGCUGGCCACCGCGCUGCCGCUCGCCGCCGCGCUCGUGCUCGCUGCUGCCGCGCGAAUGCACGCUCGCGGUGCCUCCGCGCUCCCGCCGCUAGGGCUCUGA